CGUGUGGUGUGGCAGUCCGUCACAGCACUCGGCACUCGGCGCACCGGGCCGAGCCGAGCCGAGCCGCAGACGAGCCGAGCGUCAACACGGAGCCGGGCCGAGCCGGGCCGGGCCGAAACCUUUCCGGCGAGUCGCGUGCGCAGCCAUCGCGAAACUAGAGUACCCGCAUCCGUCGAUGGCCCCCGUCCUGCGGGUGGUGAGGAGCGCGGAGCGCCCUGGCCGCACCGCCCCCCGCCACGCCGCCGCCCUCCCUGCCCGCCCCCGGCCCCUCGGAGGGUGAGGCGGAGGCCAAGGAGAACACCCCUCCCGCGACCCGCGAGGACACCGCGAGCCCCGCGUCCGCGGCCGGAGUCGACGCCAAGACCAGGAGGGACUCCCCCGCCCGCGGGGAAGGCAGGGCCAAGAAGAACGUCACCUUCUCCGGCGAAUGCGUCGGCGAGACUGAUGGCCCCGCACCGACCAGCGAACAAAGUGUAGAAGAACCUCAUCCUGGAGAUAAGGAGACCCGGAAGGAGGACCGCCCGGGCGCCACCACCGCCAACAUGGCCACGGCUGUCCAGGCCGCACCGCUGCCGCCUCGGACGGGCCGCAUCCCGGUGCCGAGGCCGGUCAGGGCCGCCAGGUCGCUCACGUCCUCGCCGAGCAUGGCCACCUCCGUGCUGCGGCCCCUCAACACCAACACGGCUAGAGCGGCGCCCGGGGUGGCCGCGGCCAGGACGCCUCUGGGCAGAGCGACCCCCGGGCGGGCGCCUGCCGCCGCCGCCGCCGCCACCACCACCACCACCACCAAGCCCCCCGUGUCGCGACUAGCGAGCCGGACCCCCAGCCCGGGUCAGGGGCGCGCCCCGCGGGGCCUGGGCCGCACUGCGGACACUGUGACCACGCCCUCCCGCGGCGGAAGCUCUUCCGCCUCGGGGUCGUCCACGCUCCCCUCGAGGACAAGGAGGCCGACGCCCAGGACCACCAUGCCCAGGGUCUCGUCGGCGCCCCGCCUGCCGCUGGGCCCAGCGUCCAUGGAUCUCACCAGGUUCACGACGUCGGCCCACGGCCACCCGGAGGGGGCCCUGUCCCGAGUGAUCAUGGUGCGGAAGACCGAGCAGAGGGUCUUUACGUCGCUUCAGGGCAGCGAGAUCCCCAAGGUGGAGACGCUGACCAGGGAGACGGUGGAGACGUUCAGAGGCAACCGCACGCAGCGCAAGGUGACCACGUGCCAGAAGCGCGACGGCUCUCUCGCCGGCGACCUGGCCGAGCUACGGUCCGCCCUGAGCUCCGGAUACACGACGCCGAGGACGGGGCGCACCACCCCGGGGACCGGCGGCACCGCCACCCCGCUCACUUCCGUCAGCAGCUACGCGGCGAGCGGCAUGUCUUCGGCGGACCCCGGGCGCCGCUCCCCCAGCAGCUCGCCGGACCGGCCAGGCAGCAGGGCGAGCCACGUGAGCGUCACCAGCAGGGCCAGCAGCAGCAGUACGACCACGCAGAGGCUGAGCAAGUCCAAGUCGCGGAGCCUCUCGGACGGCGAGUCGUGCUUCGGCGAGGACUUCGCCCAGGCCUUCCUCGCCACGCACAACGAAUACCGCGCAAGGCACGGCGCGCACCCGCUCAAGCUCAGCAAGAAGCUGAGCAGGUACAGCGAGGAAUGGGCCAAGCGGCUCGCCUCCAGGGGCGUCAUCGAGCACCGCAACGACUCGGAGCACGGCGAGAACAUCUUCUGCUCGUGGUCCUCCAACCCGGCGCACACCGUGGCCGGCGAUGAGCCCGUGCACCACUGGUACAGCGAGAUCAAGGACCACAAGUUCGGCAAGGAGCCCACCUCGCUCAAGACGGGCCACUUCACGCAGGUGGUGUGGAAGGACUCCCGCGAGCUGGGCGUGGCUGUGGCGCGCAGCCGCACGGGGCAGGUGUUCGUGGUGGCCAACUACUCGCCGCCGGGCAACUUCGUGGGCUGCUUCGCGGAGAACGUGCCUCCCGUCGGGGGCUUCCCCUCGACGCCGGGCGCGGCCCUGUCCCCGGUGCGCGAGGGAGUGGAGGCCGGCGGCUCCGAGGACCUGGCCCAGGAGGGCCUGCGGCUGCACAACGAGUACCGGCGCCAGCACGGUGUGCCCGCCCUCCGGCUCAGCACGCAGCUGUGCGAGUACGCGCGCGACUGGGCGCGCACCCUCGCCCGCGAGGACCGCUUUGCGCACCGCCCCGACGGCCGCUACGGCGAGAACAUCUUCUGCGCCUGGUCACCGGACAGCGGCACCGGGCCAUCCUCCAGGGUGGGUGCAAAGGAGGCCUGUGAUACCUGGUACAAGGAGAUAAAGGACCACCCCUUCGGCCAGGAACCCCGGCUGCUCAAGUCAGGUCAUUUCUCUCAGAUGGUGUGGAAAGAGAGUAAAGAGCUGGGGUUGGGCAUUGCAAGAAGUAAGAACGGACGCACCAUCAUAGUUGCCAAUUAUCAUCCUCGUGGUAAUUAUAUUGGCCAGUUUGCUGAUAAUGUGCCAAGACCAACAUCAGGACCACACUCAUCAUAGGAGCGAAUGGACGAUUUUAAAGACCAAUUGCCCCCCCCCCCCCUUUUUCCCACAGUUUUAAAGGUAUGGUGUAUUGUCGAUGUGUUACACUACAUUCCAUAAUUCAUACCACUAGUAACCGUUACUCUUAGAAAUCCUUUCACUUUGUUUAGCUUAAUUCAUUUACUUUUAUAUUUAACUGUCAAAAGACAUUAAGGUUGGUUACAUUUAUUGACAGGUUUCAUGUUAAUACCAAAGAGUGUACUACAGUGCAGAGGCCAUAAUGCACCGCACCAUAGGACAAUUUCAAAUUAAUAAAUUUGCAAUAUGGAGCAUAGAAGUAGUUUUUUAUACUUCACUGAGCAUUUUUCUAGUUACCUCAGACUGCUUUUACAUGCAGUUUUAUUAGAUCUUUGAUGACCUUUUCAAAGCAAUUUUUCAUCUCCAAUGAUAUAGUACUCUGCGUAUUAUUAGCAGGUUUUAGGUAAUAAAUUUGACUAAUUAGUUGACAGUCAUGUAUGUAUUUUGAAUUCCAAUGAGAAUUUUAUACCGUUAAGGAAAACAUUUGUACGUUAUCCAUGUUAAAAAUAUAACACAAAGAUUAAAGAUUUGAAAAAUCUCGA